AUGAACUUCUUCAAGUCGAAGCAGCGGACGCCGCCAGAGCUGGUUCGCGGGUUGCGCGAUAACGUGCAGAGGUUGGAUUCGGCGCCGCCGGGCGAGGCCAGGCGUAAGGCGAGCGAGGAGAUUAGUAAGGGCUUGCAGCAGAUUAAGGGAUUGUUGUACGGCGACGGAGAACCCGUCCCCGAACUCCUUGCUCAGCUCGCGCAGGAAACUUACAGCACCGACCUACUGUACCACCUCGUCACUCAUAUCGCCAAGUUCGACUUCGAGUCGCGCAAAGACGUCGUUCAGAUAUUCAACAACCUCCUCCGGCGCCAAAUAGGCUCGCGCUGGCCGACCGUCGAGUACAUCUCGGGCAAGCGGGAGGUGCUGUUCGCCGCUUUGGCGGGAUAUGAGAAUGAGGAUAUCGCGCUGAACACGGGCAUGAUCCUUCGGGAGAUGUUGAGGCACGAAGGGCUCUGUAAGAUCUUGCUCUACUCAGAGCAGUUCUACAAGUUCCCGCAUUAUAUCGAGACUACGACGUUCGGGAUCUCGACGGACGCGUACACGAGCUUGAAGGAUACGCUUACGAGACAUAAGCCGAUGGUGGCAGAGUACCUGGAGAAGAACUACGACCGCUUCUUCAACUCGUAUACGACUCUCAUCCUGUCCAACAACUAUGUCACCAAACGCCAAUCUCUCAAACUGCUUGGCGAAAUCCUCCUCGACCGCGCCAACUUCGCUAUCAUGACCCGCUACAUCGCCAACGACGCCAAUUUGAAGAUGAUGAUGAACUUGCUGCGCGACAAGAGCAAGAACAUCCAAUUCGAGGCAUUCCACGUCUUCAAGGUAUUCGUGGCGAACCCGAAAAAGCCGCCGCAAAUCGAGAGUAUCUUGCGACGAAACAAGGACAAGCUUCUCGCGUUCCUGAAGAACUUCCACAACGACAAGGAUGACGAGCAAUUCACGGACGAGAAGCAGUUCCUCAUCGUUCAAAUACAGAGCUUAUAA